UACGCCAUUGGAAGUCAAAAAACAUGUCUUUGGCUGCCAAAGAAGUAGUCAUCAGAGCAGUUGGGACAACAACUCCCAUCUUUGCGAUGUCCUGCUUUAGACUCACUUCUGAUUUGUGUAGAAGGAUGAACGGACAACUCUCCACUUUUUGGUGGGCAGGCCAAGACAAAGAAAAAUGUAUACAUUGGUUAUCAUGGUCAGAAUGUUGUUUCAGCAAAUUUGAAGGAGGAUUGGGAUUCAGAGACUUUGAUAGGUUCAAUGUAGCAAUGCUAGCCAAGCAAGCCUAGAGACUUAUCUAUGAACCGGAGAGUAUUCUUGCCAGGAUGUAUAAGGCAAGAUAUCAUUUCACCGAUCAUUUCCUCCUAGCCGGUCAGGGGCCCCACCCCUCUUGGGCUUGGCAAGGUAGGAUAAGGAUCUAGGAUAAACACCUUACUCGACCCUUGGCUACCAUCAGACCUUCUAUCUAGCCCUGUGUUGUUAAUGGGCGCCUCUCUAGAUCACCCAAUGGUCUCAUUUCUUCUGGACUCUAAUGCUAUGGAGUGGAACCUAGACUUGCUUAAAAUCUUAUUUCCCCCUGCCACGAUUGAUAAAAUCUUAUCCAUCCCUCUCCCAUCUUCCAUUUAAGAAGAUAAAUUGAUUUGGCACUAUGACAAGUCUGGUUAUUAUACAGUUAAAUCGGGGUACCACCUUCUUUCGGAUAGUUUAACUUCACCCAGGGUCUCCCUGUCAUAAUUUUUGAUCACCAAGUUCUGGAAAUUCUUGUGGAAUAUUUCAAUUCCUCCUAAACUCAAAUUCUUUCUUUGGAGAUUGGUGCGUGGAUUUUUACCGGUUAAAGGAACCCUCCUUUAUAAGAAAAUUAUUUCAUUAAGUACAUGUCCUGUUUGCUGCGAAGUAAAUGAAGACUUCAAGCAUUGCUUCUUCGACUGUAGAAUUACUAGAGAACUGUGGACAUUAUCUGACCUUGACCAUAUAAGAGAUAUGAUGAGGGCAACUCCUAUGGAUCUUGCGUGGAGAAACCUCUUUUUCACGCCCCAUAUCUCCAAGAAUGAUGUAGCUUUCAUUGUCUUCUUAUUUUGGAGAAUAUGGAAAGUCCGAUGCAAGGCUACUUAUGGACACGUUUUAUACAGGUCACAUGUUCUAUACAUGCAACUAUUAGCGCAGGUGGAGGAAUGGAGAAUGGCAGAGGCACAGAAGGUUCAGAGAUCCGAAGAAGUCCGAAGGUCAAUGUCCCACUCUUCCACAGGCCAAGGUCCUCAUUCAAGGAGAACAGAUGUUUCCUUCCCUAGUGAAGGUAUCCUGGUUCGUUUUGACGGGGCAACAAAAAUCCCUCAAGGAUGUGCAACUAGCUUCGUCGGCUUUUCAGGUGAUGGAAAUAUCACAUUUGCAGUUGGUAAAUUCUAUCAGGGCAUCUUAGAUGCCUAUAUAUCAGAAUUACUUGCUAUUCGUGAUGCUAUGAAAUGGUGUCUCACCCACAACUUCUUGACUGUUGUUUUUGUAGGGACUCUCAAUUGGUCAUCAAGGAUGUGACAUCAAAGAAGGCUUCACAUUCAAGAGCGGGAGCAAUUUUAGAGGAAGUUCACUCUCUCCUUGCCUCAUUCCUAUCUGUCUCGUGUCUUUUUGCUCCUCGGAGCUUCAACAGAGCUGCCCACCUCGUGGCAAAACAGGCUCUUUCAUCGGAAGUCCGGUUGCAUACGGACUACCGUUCCUUUUUAGUGUCUUUCUUGUAAUUGUGUUGUCUGGCCAUGCCCUGGAGGCUUAUCUUGGAUAAAAAAAAAGAUUUUUAAUCCUUGCUUUUGUCAAUAUCUGGGCUAGGCUAAGGCUAGCUGCCUCAUAAUUAAAGUUAUGCUAUAUGUGGACGGAUGAACAAUUGUCAACUUGCAUGGCCAUGGGUAUAUUAUACUUAUUUUCUAAAUAAAUUAACAUUGAUUUUACUAAACUAAAAUGCCCAAACAGCGACAGGAUAAGACAACACAUGAAAAACCAAACGCAUGUUUCAUUGAAAGAGAGAACUAAUUACGAGUUUUACGUGCAUAUACAUAAUAUUACAUAUGCGUAUAAUUUGCAUAUAUAUGUUUAUUUAUGAUAGUACGAACUUGUCAACAGUAUAAUUUAUAGCUGAAAAGUAAAACUGCAACCCCCAUUCAAAUUUCCCUGCCCAUAGAGUGAUUUUAGGAAGCUGAUGUGGCAGGAUGUUAAGCGGGAAAAAAAUAAAACUCCCUGCCCAGAACUAAGAAACCGUCCCUCCCCAACUUUUCUCCUGUUUCCCACGUCAUCAUUUAAUUUUAUUUUAGUUUUCGUUUGACUGAAAUUAAGCCCACCUUUUCUACUGGUUAUUAAGAGAGAGAAGAAACUCACGGAAAAGGAAGCGCAAUUGCAAGCACAUUACAGAGAGGGGGGGGGGGGAAGGUGAAAGGGAGGAGAAGGAAGGAGGUUGCUUACCCUUUUACAGGUACGAUCUGCGGAAGGAAUGGAAGAAGCGAUUAGGCAGGCGCAGAGGAGCUUCCCGUUGGCAGUAAAGUAGAAAGCGUCGGGGUUUCCAUGGUCAGGGAUCAAGGAGAGCUUUAGGGAGCGGAGGGUUUGGGGCUGCGAUGGAUCGAAUGUUAGGGUUUGGAGGCGGCGGGAAUUUGGGGUUCUGAGGAGAACCUGGAUCGAUUUGGGGUGCAUAUUUGCGGGUAAACUUUCUAGGGUUUGGGAAGACAAAAUUGAAUCGUGUAAUUGAGGAGAGAAAUCGGAAGAACACCGUCUCCCCCGCCGCCACGAACCCUGCUUCUUCUUUCUUCUCUGCUUCAGGCUCUAGAAGGUCGCUCCAAAUCGCUCCAGCUACUCUUGGAUGGGUUUGUUCUAUUUCUCCCCCUUUCAUUAACUCUUUACAUUCUGGGUUCAGUUCAUAUUCAUUGCAUUCUAAACGAGGGUGCUUUCCAAGACCCUAAGUUAUUCAACUCUUUACAAAAAGAGGGCAUUUUGUUCCCAUUCCAAAGCUUUGUCCAAAUAGGAAGCUAAUUAUGAUACUGGAAUCGACAGCUUCCAGCGACAAAGACGAAACCAGGAAAACACAGAAGUAAAAGAAAGAUGGAGCCGCUGUCAAAUUCUAUUCAAUUAGAGUUAGUUAAACUCUUUUCAGCAUCAUUGUUAUUUUUAAUGUUUGUACAUUAGCUCUGAUGACUUUGAAUGGUCCUAGGUAAACAAAGUUGCAUAGCUAUGAAUGAUAACAUGAUGAGCUGAAUCGUCACUGUAAAUGCUUGAAAUUGUGUUAAUUCCUGACCCCGACUCCGAAAUCCCCCCCCCCCCCCCCCCCCCCCCAACCCUGAACUCCCCUGCCAUUUUAAAAAAAGAGAAAGAGUACAUUAGUAAUGACUAAUGUAGGGAAACUGAUGAUAUGAUCUCAUUGUUUAGGCAUGUUGCUGCUUCACAUCAUGCGCUUAGCGUGUGAAGGGGAACCUUAAAUCCCACUCUAUAUUUAGCUUCGAGUUGUUAGCUAUACCCGCUAACAGUCAUCUUGAAGAACCUCAGGCGUUCAUUUUGUUCUCGCCCGCAAAUUUCAAUCCUGCUGAACCGUUGUAAAGAUCUUUGCACAAUUUUCAAAUUGCACUAUGUCCUGACCUGCCUCUCAUUUGUUAAGCUUGAAUCUUUAUGAAUGUUUGGGAAACUGUGGUUUGAUGCGGUGAUGUUGAAAUAUUUAUGUUUGGAAAUCUUGUUGCUCUGCAGGCAGCGUCUAAGAUGAUAAAGAGCUCAGUUUUGCCGACUCUUGAAGAAUACAGACCCAUAAUUAUGUCAUCUCUCAAGUUCUCCAAGUUUACUUUUGGUACAGUUUCCCCUUAGUCAGGUUGGUCCUCUUCUUUCUUUUCUAAUGUGAUUAGUUUGAGAUUCGAAGUAGAGAAUUGUGUUCCAAUAGUAUAAUAUUUUUUUCCCCGCAUGCUCUGAACUCAAUAGAGUCAUGAUUUGUGAAGUAUCUUUUAAGACAUUGAUGCAGCUACCUAGGUCAUGUAACUAAGGAUAAAGCAUGCAUUUAUACUUGGUGGGAAGAGUUUUAUUGCCCUUGCAAAAUUGCAGGACUCGGAACUGAACUUACCACAAGUAGUCCAUGUUGGAUUAGAAAAGGCUGCCUCUUGAUUCCAUCACCACCUCUGCUCCCAUCUCUACCUUAUGGUAUUCUCUGCAUAUUUUGUAUGAACCCAUAAUGGGAUAUUCAGGUAACAUCUUACAUCAAUGUCUUGGUAUUUGUAUCCAUGAACCAGAUUAGAAGAAGCACAUAUCCCAAUUGGGUGGGCUCAAUCACUACAUAUUUUCUCCUCUCCUCCACAGAGGACCCGGACCCAACCUGAAGCCAUCAGUGUAGAAGAGAAGGAACCAUUUAUGUGAAAGCUAAGUGGACCUUGAACCUGGAUAAAGAGACCGUUGUAAGUAUCGAACGGUAAGUGGGGAGAGAGGGUAGUAUAUGAUUGCAAAUAUAAUUUGCCAGGAUUGGUUGCUGCUCUACUCAAUUGACAGUUAAUUGGUUUUGGAGAAGUAUAUGAUUCCGUGGGGCAACAACAUCAAUGGUUAUUAUGUCUCUAAAUUGGGUUUUCACUUUCGUUCUGGCCCUUAAUCCUUUUUGGCUAUAGUGACAAGGUCAGUUUCUACACCCUCCAUUCUUUUCUCUCUUCUGUUGGCAGCAAAGUUGUGGCCGGUAUGAAUUUAGUUUGAGUCAGCAGAAGAUGGAAUUAGUAGGCGUCCAGACUGACUAGGGUGAUAGUGUAUAGUUUCUUGGGGUUUUGAACUCAUUUUUUCAAUAUUCUUCAACUGGUUAUUCAAUUCAAAAGCAACAAAGUUCCAUGCUAAGUUACUCUCCUUAUUGGAUCUUUUAGUUGUGUAUAAUUCUUGGUUUCGUGAUAUGGUAUUGGAGAUAUGAGCAGGUGAGGUUUGGAACGGACCAGAGCAUUAGCAGCAGUUGGUUGUGAGAUGGUAUGUGUAAAAUGGAAUCAUGGUAAUUACUUGGCUCUGCUCAUAUAGUUAGGCUAUAUUUGAACCUCAAGGGAAGAAUUCUCUUGCCACUUUUUAAGCUUUUUGUUUAGGUUUCCAACAUCAAUGUGUGACUGCUUUAUGUCAACAUAAUCAAGCUUAAUUGAAAGCAAUGCUUCCCACUUUGUACACUCAAUUUUUCUGUGUUUCACGGCUUUCUUAUCUAACUCUUUUGUUUCUAAAUUGCCUCUAUUUUGGAUAUAACUUGCAGUUUAGGCUAUUGAUGACUCGGUAUUUGCACAUGUUUUCCCCUUUGUUUCUUGAUUGUUUGAGCUUGAAUUAUUGCGUCUUUGGCCUAUUUUAUGCUAGGUUGUGUUCCUUUGUCCCAUUUCAGGUCCUAGCACAUAAAGUGAAGCAUAGGCGCAAGUUUCAAGUCAAUCAGAGAUCAAUUGACGAUUCGAGAGAAGAAACUCGGGCAUGACCUGAAGAAGAAUGGAUUUCUACCUCACUUUAUGGACAAAGAAUCAUGCAAGCUUGUUAUGAAACGAAAGAGGACAAGACUACGAGCGUCUGGGAUCAAACGGCGAUUGAUUCGGAGUCCGGACGAGGGAGAAACGAAGCAUUAAACAGAGGCUGAGCAAGCUGCACGGGCAGACCAGCGUGGCCACGCACGGCCGUGCAAGUGACCAGUUUGGCCGUGCGGGAUUGUGCGUGGGCACGCACGGCCGUGCAACAUACAAUUCUGGCCGUGCGAGUUGGCUGAGGUUCAACUAAUUGAUACGCCGCGUUUUGAGGUGCACGGCCAGAAUGGUGAUGUGCACGGCCGUGCACCCUGGCCGUGCAACUCGGGAAACCCGGUUUUAAAGCCUAAUCCGAGCCAAAGGAGAGAGAGAGCUGGGUUUUGGAUCCCAAACACCCAAGGGACGAACCCUAGAGAGAGAGAGCGACUUGGAAACUUUCUUGGAGCUAUUUUGGAGGAUUUCUUCGCCAUUGGAGCUCGGGAAUCAAGCUUGGAGAUGGAGAUUGAAGAUCUAGAUCAGAUUUCUGCAGUCUCUCUCUUCUCUAUGGAGUAACUUCCCUUCACUUAGGUUUUGAGGAACCCUAGUUCCAUGAGUUAGGAUCUUUCUUGUAUGAAGUUUUGGAUGCUUUAUUGUUUGAUUAUAAUCGAUUGAGGCAUGAUUUAUUGAGUCAAUUGAAUCUUGAUCAAAUUCUCUUGAUUUCUGCUUUAACCUAUGAUAGAUAGAAUCUGAUUAGGUUAAGAGAGCUUCCUUGGUUGAUAGUGGUGAAUUGGUUGUGCGAGAGUCAAUCAAUUCACUGCUUUGUACUGGAAUCCAAUUUCAGUAGUGGAGUUCUGUGCUUAUUGCUUCAGCUUUCUAUCCCGGUGAAGACUAGUCGUCUGCCGGAUAGUUAGACUGAGAGGGCUUGGUCAGCUUAAGAGAUUCCAAGCUACUGUCGGAUCUUCCGCAGUUUAAUCAACAGUAAAUCAACCAAAAGGAAUUACAACUUGGACCUAAUUGAGGAGCUAGGGGGAAUCAUACCUAAGUGAGUUCUCAAACUGUAAUUAGUAGUUUUACUUAGUUUAGUUUGUAGAGUAGUUUAGUUAAUCAAUCCUUAAUCUAGUUUGCUAGAUAAUGAACUGAAGCUGAGUAAUAGUAACUCUAGAGACCCGUGGAUUCGAUAUUUAUUACUUGUGCCACUAUACUGCAGUCCCUUUCAUUGGUUACACUUGGCCAUUGUUAGGUGUUGUGUUUUGGCGUGUCAAGUUUUUGGCGCCGUUGCCGGGGACUUUCUAGAUUAUUAGGAAAGGCAGAAGUUUGUUACUUUAGCGUUUUUCGUUUCUUUUCUUUUCCACCCUUGCUUUUCACUUGGGUGUUUUUGUUUUUGUUGGUGCAGAUCUGAAUCAUGGAUCCUCAUGGCUUCUCCAAUCAUUGGGGGUAUCCACCACCAUCUGGGUGGUAUUACCCUGAGACUCCCUGGAGCAAUCAAGGAGGAGAAGACUAUGGAUUCGGAUUCCAGUACCAACCCCCUUUCUACGGAGAACAACCAGACCCCUGGGCAUAUCAAGAACAAUCUCCUUAUCAAGAAGAAUUCCUCCCACAACAAGAAGGGCCAUCGAAUCUGGAGUUACCCAUGGCGGCCUUCACGGGCCAUUCUGCAGAGCCAUGCUACACUCCACAGCCAGAUCCAAACUAUGAAUUGAGGCUUCUCGUGGAGCAGAUUGCUCGAGUACCUGAGAGAUCUUUUCCCGAGAUGGAUCCUCAUAUCCAGGCCAUUGCCCAAACUGACUUUUCCUUCCCCCGUGAAACAGAGGAUACCAUCCGGAGCAUAAAGAAGCACCUAGAGGUCAUUGAGAAAGCUUGUUCACAGUUUUCUCAAGACAACCUUUAUGCUGCCAUACAAGUAGAGGAGGAGGAAGAAAAAGGCAAUCAUGAGGAUGUUGAGGAGCAUACAGAAGUUGUCAUAGAAAGCUCCCAUGAUAAUCAUGAUCAAGUGUAUCCUUUGGUGGUAGAUCAUAACUUUCACCAUUUCCGCUCUGACAUGCUGGGCUCGAGUGAGGAGAUGCAAGCUGAACUUAUCGAGAACCUUGCAUGGAGACUUGCUCUCCAAUUCGUGCUGGAAGAAGAAGAGCAAGAAAGGGUGCAGAAAGAAGUUGUGGAGGAUGACAAAAGUGAAGCAGAAGGAGUUCUUGAUCUUUUCUCAGGGGUGAUACCACAUGAAGAAGAAAGGGGGGUUGAAAAAGCAAUUGGCGUCCAGGCUGAGGAUGAAGUUGAGGUGGAAGAGGCAUGCACCGGCCAUGAGUUGCAAGUAAUAUCCCCACCAAACUUUGAGGAACUGCUUGGCAAGGACCCAUUUGCAGUGUCUCUUUGCCAGACCAAGGCCACAUCGACAUCGGUCCCUCUUGGUGGACGCGAUGGUGGCCAAUCGAUGUUGUCAUAUCUGGUUUGGGGCAAUGAGACGAGAGAAGAGAAGAAGAGGUCUCUAGGGUGGAGACUUCAUCUGCAUCAAGUACAUGAGCCUUCCUCACCUGCCACACCACAUGCUCGUGACUUGAGACUCCACCUCAUCGACGAGAACCUCAACUUCAAGGAGGUUCUAGCAUGGACCGAAACUUAGGAGCCAUCGUCCGGCUCACGACGUGAAAGAAGCGCUUGUUGGGAGGCAACCCAACCAGUCGGUUUGCAUUUCUUUCUCUAUUUCUCCUCGGUUGAGUCAGUUUUGUUAUUUGAUUUUAGAGUCAAUAACUCAACCUUUGUGAGAUUUUGUGUGGUGUUUGUGUUCUGAUUACUCUCUCUUCCUGGACUGCACUGCCUGACCCGUACAUCAUCAUUCACCCUUGAUCUGGUAACUUCGUUCAACCCUCCUUAUCUUUCCUCCAUUGAGGACAAUGUCGUGCUUAAGUGUGGGGGGGUGUUCGAUUAUGUAUGCGGGUGAAUGUUUGGCUGUUUGUGUGCUUGGAGCCUAGUCCACUGUCCAAAUUUUUAAAUUUGAGGGCUCCAAGUACGUGUUCCAUGCAAUUGCCUGCUCAGUAUGCUUUGAAUUGACAGUCUUUACAGUAAUAUGCAACCUAGGGAGGUAGUGUAGCACUAUGGAGGAUGUUGAUGCAUUUAAGAAGUCUCAUUUCUUCUUCAUAUAAAGUUGGUUGAUUGAGUGAAUUAGUGAUCUUAGGACCCUUGAAUUGUGUGAUGUUGUGGAUUUUCUACCUGUCAUGGACUCUUGUAUCAUGUUUUGAAAAUAGCAGGUGCUCGAAAAUGUGCUUCAAAAUAACGUCUCCCGUGCGAAUAGGGCGAAAGUGUGUAAGGGGAGACGGGAAUUCGUUCCCAAUUUCCACCUACUACCUCCAGCCCCCUUACAUGUCUUUCCCCCGCACGAGGCUCGAGACAUCCGCUCCUGGCAUGGCCGGUAAGAGCAGGUUGGGACCCUUGAGAAAGAAAAGAAAAGAAAAAUAUCAGAAAACAAGCAAAACAAAAAAAAAGGGGUCUCAACCAUCUUCAAGAAGCAGACAAUAGAGCACCUUGAAAAAUGUGAGUCCAUGAUCUGUUGUUUUUGAGAAUCUCCUCAUCCACAAUUCAUUUGUCCUCUGUUCACUAUUUGCCAUGAUGCCGACUCGCCGAAGAAGUUAUGAGAUGACUUGUGCGUCGGUUGACCUCGUAAACUGCUAAAUGAUCUAGGAAGUCCUCUACCUACGAUCUGGGUUGUUUGUUGCUAUAGAGGUCUGGAGAGUUGCAUUGGUUUGAGUUAGGUUUGCUUGGGGACAAGCAAACAGUUAAGUGUGGGGGGAUUUGAUGACUCGGUAUUUGCACAUGUUUUCCCCUUUGUUUCUUGAUUGUUUGAGCUUGAAUUAUUGCGUCUUUGGCCUAUUUUAUGCUAGGUUGUGUUCCUUUGUCCCAUUUCAGGUCCUAGCACAUAAAGUGAAGCAUAGGCGCAAGUUUCAAGUCAAUCAGAGAUCAAUUGACGAUUCGAGAGAAGAAACUCGGGCAUGACCUGAAGAAGAAUGGAUUUCUACCUCACUUUAUGGACAAAGAAUCAUGCAAGCUUGUUAUGAAACGAAAGAGGACAAGACUACGAGCGUCUGGGAUCAAACGGCGAUUGAUUCGGAGUCCGGACGAGGGAGAAACGAAGCAUUAAACAGAGGCUGAGCAAGCUGCACGGGCAGACCAGCGUGGCCACGCACGGCCGUGCAAGUGACCAGUUUGGCCGUGCGGGAUUGUGCGUGGGCACGCACGGCCGUGCAACAUACAAUUCUGGCCGUGCGAGUUGGCUGAGGUUCAACUAAUUGAUACGCCGCGUUUUGAGGUGCACGGCCAGAAUGGUGAUGUGCACGGCCGUGCACCCUGGCCGUGCAACUCGGGAAACCCGGUUUUAAAGCCUAAUCCGAGCCAAAGGAGAGAGAGAGCUGGGUUUUGGAUCCCAAACACCCAAGGGACGAACCCUAGAGAGAGAGAGCGACUUGGAAACUUUCUUGGAGCUAUUUUGGAGGAUUUCUUCGCCAUUGGAGCUCGGGAAUCAAGCUUGGAGAUGGAG